AUGAUGAAAAUUAGCAGAAUAAAUAACAAAUCUGUAUUGCUUAUGUUUUACCAUAUUCUUGAAUCGAAGUUUUUUAAAGCUUUUCCAAACUAUCCAGACAGUAGUCCAUUCAGGAAGGAGAAAGAAGUAAAAGAAGAUUUGAGACUCGAAAGCAAAGGACAGUGUAUAUCUGAUUCAAAUGAAAAGGUUGAUAAAAAGUUGGAUGAAAUAAUCUUGAUGUCUGAUGAUAAUUUAACUGGAAAGAAAGUUCAUUCAGAUAGAAAUACUGCAAGAAAAUUACCUUUUGUAAGAAAUGUUAUUAUGAACUGUGUAGAUAGUGAUUCUGAUAAUAUACGACAUCGAAUAUUAUUACAAAAUCUAUUUGAAAUGCAGAUUAAAUCACCAAAUGAUAUGUAUAAUACACCAUUUGGUUUGGUAUUCUAUAAGACUACUGAAAAUUAUAAAAAAACAUUCUCUAUCCCUAUUGGUUAUGGUGUUCCUGUUAUCCAAAAGUCAACUGAUUAUAGAACUAAAAGUAAUAAUGAAGAAAAUGGAAGUAUACAGUCUGAAAAUGAAGCUUAUGUUGUACUUGGAAUUUCAGAUAAUGAUAGUGUCCAACAGUUAUCUGAUUCACUUGAUAUUGAUAUGAUGAAACAACGAAAUUAUGUAAACAGUCAUUUUAAUCCAACUGAAGGUGUGAAUGAAACAGGUUUAGCGAUAAAUAAGAAAAUACAACAAUUUUUAUUUGUGACACGAACAUUCACCCGUGAAUGUUUAAAUGUACAUCCAUUACCCAUAUAUGAUUCAUUUAUUGAAAGUAACAAUAUUUCCAAUUUCUUUUAUGUGGUUCGAACAAAUCGAAAAUGUACAGUACCUAAUGUUAAAACACUUGCUGAAGUGAUGCAACAUUUUCCAGACUGUUUAAAUAUUGGCUAUUUGCAAGAUACUAUGUUAAAUUGUACACUGCGUGCUGUACCUAAGAUAUACGCUAAAAUGCUAUCUUAUUUUGGGCAUAAAAGAGAUAUAUUUCCAGAGGACGAUGCGCUAGAUACUCGAAAUGUUGAUGUUUAUCCUGGUACCGGCAAAACAACCGAUCCAGUAAGUGAUGAUAAUGCUGUGUAUUCAACAAAGACAGAGCAAACUACAGAAAUCUUAGUGUUGAAUAAACGAGAUUACCAACGUCUUCGUGAUGAAUUUAGUGUGACGCUACAUAAAUUCAAUGGUAUUCUUAAAGAAACAGCUGUAGCACUGUUAAGUGUUUUCAAUCUUACAAUACCAGAUUUUAUACCUGAAGAUGAGAAUUAUAUCAUUGAUCCAGCAAAAGACUAUAUUUUGAAUGACAAACUUAUCAAUCUAUUUAAAGAAUGGGAUGUACAAAUAGACGGUGUAUUAGAAAUUUUGAAUAAACCUCGACCAAUAAACUUAGGACCAUUAGAUGAAGUUGAUUAUUGGCGACAUCGUAGUAAAAUACUCACAGCUAUAUUAGAAUCAUUGAAAACAAAACCAUCUUGUUGGGCAAUUAAUGCAUGGAGUAUACUUAAUCCUCAUUUAUCACCUUAUACACGUAGUACAGAUAUAAAAUCAUUAAUGUUUGAAGCUAAAGAUAAUUCUAGAUUUCUUCUACUAGUUGAAAGACAUUUUAAAAACUUACAAUUUGGACCAAGUUUUGAAAGUGUUACUGAAACUAUACCAGCAAUGAUACAGUCAUUACGCCUAAUCUGGACUAUAUCACGCGGUUACAAUAAAGAUGAACGCAUGGGACAAUUAUUACAACGAAUUAGUUGGUCACUUUGUGAUCGUGUGAUUAAUGUAUUGGAUAUAAGACAAUUAUUCAAACAACCAAUUCAAGAGAUUCUACAUGAAGUUGACGCUGCUGUACGAAUGUUAACUGUAUUCGAGACAGUUUAUAUUCAAGAACGUAAACUCGUAGAAGCGAAUACACAAGAUAAUCGUUGGGAAUUUGAUAAGAAAAUUUUGUUUGGUGAUUCACUUUACAUAAGACGUAUAUUGAAUGAUAUAACCAAUAUGGCCACGUGUGCAAAUGAAUUUUAUCAUAUGUUUGGUCCAGAAUUGAAAAAUAUAACAGGAGAUAGCAAAACUUUGAAAGAAGUUCUAAGACUGGUAGACCAACUAUUUGUUCCAUUAAAAAGUCAGAAGUUACCUUGUCCAUUUCUAAGAGAAAAUGAAAAUUUUUGGAUAAAAGUCAAACAUGAAUUUGAUGAUCGUGCUUCGUUGAUUGAUGCUAGAGCUAAACAUUUUAUUAAUGAUUACUUUAAACAUAUUAAAGGUGCAAAAUUAGCCUUUGAUCUAUUGGAGAAAUUUAAAUCAGUUAAAACUAGAGCAUCUGUUACCUCUUUAUUAAAAGAUAAAUAUCGUGAUGUAUUGAGAAGUUUUAGUACAGAGUUGGUAAAAAUUGAAAAAACGUUUAAAGAGUCCAAAGAUAGACCAGGUGUUCCACGUUAUGUACCACAAGUAUCAGGUGCCAUCAUGUGGUCUAGAUUAAUUAUGAAUACAGCUAAAACAGGUAUUCUAAGAUUCUUUCAUUCACAACCAGAUAUAUUUGAUGAAGAAGAAGGUAAAACAGUUAAAGUGAGGUAUAUUACUUUAGUAGAAGAAUUACGUAAAUACGAACAAACACUGCAUAAAGCUUGGGAAUCGGAAAUUUCAUCUGAUAUUGGACCACGAUUGAAUCAACCAGUUUUAUCGAAAUGCAUCGACCCUAUUCCAUUUGACCAGACAUUUCAAAGUAUAUUUCCACCACCUACAUGGUGGGCAGGUUGUAAGAAAAAUCCAGGUACAGUGCUAACACCCCCUCCACUACUUUCAACACCACAUGCAUCUAGAACAGCAAACAAAGUACAGAACCAAAUGCAAGUACUAAUAAAACAACUAUCAUCUCUACAUUUACCUCGUAAUCACGGUUCAAUUAUAUCAUUGACUAGUAGAGAACGUACAUCACUGGCGACAUCAGCAACAAAUCAAGAAAGUUUAUUACCAGUCUAUGAAGUAAAUUUUGAUUCAAGACUAUGGAGUAUAAUUCAAGAAGCCUCAAGAAUGGAAUUAUUUGGUUUUUCAUUGCCUGAAAUCGGUCGAAUUUUAGGGCUACGUAAUAAUUAUUAUCAAAAUGUUGUAUUAAAUUUACAACGUAUGGUUGAUCGAUAUGAAGCAAUCAGGCAAGGAAUGGACCCUCUGAAGCAUAGCUUAAUGCGUGAAAGUCUUCAAGCUUUGGUUACUACAAUCGAUCGUGGUGUCUAUUAUAUUAAUUGGGAUAGUUUGGUGAUAGACGAAUACUUAGAAUAUUGUAAUCAACGUCUUAAAUGUGCUGAAAAUAAUGUCAAAGAGAUUGAUCAUUGUUUCACUACAUUGGAUCGUAUUGGAUAUAUCAUUUCAAAAGCGAAAUUGUUCAAAGAAAAAGAACCUGGAAAACUUGUUUCCGCUAAAGAGUACAUGGAUUACGCGGAAUCAUGUCGUGAUCAAGAAAUGGAAGAAUUAGCCAAUAAGGUUAACACAAUGGCUACAAGUUGUUUAAGAAAACUUGAAGAAGUUUUAUUUAAUACAAAUACAGGACAUCGAUCAGAGAUGUACCUUAUAUACCGACGAUUUGAAGCAAAAAUCUUCAUUAAACUGCUUGAAGUUGUACUGAAAAAUAUGCGAUCAUUUGUCAAUGCAUUAGGAGGAAAUCAGCCAUUAUUUUACAUUGAUGUUUUACUUGUCAAUUCAGAUGUUGUACUUUAUCCAGUUAACGCUGAUCUCUACAAAUGGAUGACACAAACAUUACAUGGUUGUACUCAAAGUUGUCGAUUCUUUUUACGAUGGAAACAUGGUACCUGUGAACCAUGUCCACCUUUACAUUCAGAAGGUGGUGAAGUCAUCACAUUUAAUUAUGUACAAGAAUUAGAAAGAUGUCCAGAGUUAUUGAAGCCUGAUGCAGCCCUUAAUCAGCGUGCAAAACGUCUAAACCAUGAUGUUGUUGAAUUUUUAAAACGUUUAGCAUAUUAUUCACUUUUAUGGCAUCAAGAUAAGCAAAAUGUGAUAGAUAAAUGGGUUGGUAGUAAAAUGCCAUCGACACGAAAUUUCGAGAAUCGAUUGAAUCAUUUAAGAUCACUUUGGGAAUCUCUUGAUCAUUUACUUGGUCCAAAAAAGUUGAUUUUUAUUGGUGCUGUAGCUUUAAGACUAAACUCAUUCUUUAAUAAGGUAACAUCAAAUCUACGUGAUUGGAUAAGAAUCUAUGCAAGCUAUUUAUAUGAAUCAGCUGAGAAUUUUUAUAAAACAGCGGAGAGAAUAUUACUUGAGAAAAGAACAAUAUUAGAUAGACGUCCAACCACUUUUGUUGAAAUGAAAGCAUUACUCACAGUUAUUACAGAUAUACAUGGUGGAUCAUGUGAAUACAUUGAUGACCUUGUACAAAAAGUAUCAGAACGACUCAGAAUUAUUCGUCUUUAUGCGGAUGAAGAAUUUAUAGCGGGGAUCUCUCCCAGAAUGUGGAACAGUACUAAUCUGUUAAAUAGAUAUUGGAAUGCUAUCCUAAAAUCUACUGAAGAUGUAGUACAAAAUAUGGCACCACUUAAAGCUCAUUUUUCAACUUAUGUUGUAGAUGUUGUCAAAGCUUUCCACAAAAAGGUUCAAGCAUUUAUUGAUAAGUAUAAAUCUUCUGGACCUGGUAAUGAAUCUGAAGAUUUGGAUCGUGGUUAUGGAAGUUUAAUACAGUUUAUUGAAGAGUGUGGAAAAUUAGAUGCAGAACGCCAAGAUUUAUUAAACAGUGAACGUUUACUAUACUUACCUAUAUCAACAUAUCCUGAAUUGAAGAAAAUACAAUCAGAAUUGCAAAAAUUAAAACCAAUUUAUGAAUUAUACUUAGAUCAAAAAACUGCAUAUCGAGAUUGGGCGUGUAUCUUAUGGAAAGAUAUUGAAAUUGACGAAUUAAUAAAUAGCACCAAUGAAUUUAUCGAAAGAUUAAAACAACAAUCACAAAGAAUACUUGGAUUACCAGUUGCACUUAUGAUAAGUAACUCAUUGAAGAAUUUUCAAGAAUCAUUGGUUUUAAUUCAAUAUUUAAAGGAUGAUGCUAUACGUGACAGACAUUGGAAGCAACUGAUGGAGAAAACAGGAAUCAGUUUCAAUAUGGAUCCACAAACUUUUACCUUGGAAGAUGUAUUUGCAAUGCAGUUGCAUGAACACUCUGAAGUUAUAUCAACUGUUGUCAACAAUGCUCAACGUGAAGCAGCCAUUGAAAAAAUGUGGGUUGUUGUACAACAGAAGUGGAUGUAUCUGGAAGCAAUAUUCAUGGGUGGCGAUAUAGCUAAACAGUUACCUCAAGAAGCCAAACGUUUUGAAACAAUUGAUAAACUGUUCCGUAAGAUUAUGCAACAAACGCAAAACUCUCAAUUCAUAUUUAAAUGUUGUCUAACCGAAUAUAAACUUGAUCCACUGAAAUCAUUAAGUCAUGACUUGGAAUUUUGUCAAAAAGCUUUAAAUGACUACUUAGAUUUGAAAAGAAAUGCUUUCCCACGAUUUUAUUUUAUUUCGGAUGAUGAGAUGUUGGGUAUACUUGGCAGUAAAGAACCUGAAAUAAUACAAGAACAUAUUGUCAAGAUGUUUGAUAAUAUUGGAAAAAUUAAGUUUACACAUUCAUUGCAUUCAUCUGAUAUAUCAGCUUCAGCGUUGAUAUCAUUUGAAGGUGAAACGAUGAUAUUUAAUAAACCUGUAUUUCUUGUGGGCAAAGUAGAAGAAUGGUUAACAUCAAUGGAAAAUGAAAUGCAACAUACAAAUCGUUUAUUAACUAAAAAAGCUAUUUUCUACUAUUGUAAUCAAAAGUCACGUGUUGCAUGGAUGUUUGAUUAUCAGGGUAUGGUAGUACUGGCAGCAUCACAGAUAUGGUUUACAUGGGAAGUUGAAGAUGUAUUUCAAAGUUUUAAACAAGGAUAUCAGAUGGCAAUGAAAGAUUUUAAUAAAAAACUUGAAUUCCAAUUGAAUGAAAUAAUUUAUCAAAUACGUAACGAUUUGACUCCAAAUGAUAUGAAAAAACUUGAAACUGUUCUUAUAAUCGAUGUACAUGCAAAACAUAUAGUUGAAAAAUUUAUCCGUGAUAGUAUAAUGGUACCCGAUGAUUUUGCCUGGGAAUCUCAACUACGUUUCUAUUGGGUAUGUAAAAGUGAUGAAUUAGUAAUUCGUCAGUGUUCAGCUGAAUUCGAAUAUGGUUAUGAAUAUUUUGGAUUGAAUGGUCGAUUGGUUAUUACACCGUUAACUGAUCGUAUCUAUUUAACAUUGACACAGGCAUUAUCAUUAUGUCUAGGAGGUGCUGCAUCUGGUUCAACGGGAACAGGUAAAACAGAGACAGUGAAAGACUUAGCUAAAGCUCUUGGAUAUUUAUGUAUCGUAACAAAUUGUGGAGAGAAUAUGGAUUGCAAAUCAUUUGCAAGACUUCUUUCUGGACUAUGCCGUUCAGGCGUAUGGGGUUGUUUUGAUGACUUUAACAGAAUUCAAGUAUCUGUCCUAUCAGUCGUUUCAAGUCAAAUCAAAUCAAUUCAGAAUGCUUUAACAACUAAAUUAUCAACAUUUCAAUUUGAAGGUUCAGAAGUUUCAUUGAAUCGUCGAGUUGGUGUAUUCAUUACAAUGAAUCCUGGUUAUACUAGUCGAACAGAAUUACCGGAAUCUUUGAAAGCUCUGUUUAGACUAGUCGCUUUAAAUGUACCAGAUUUAGAGUAUAUAUGUGAAAUUAUGUUAUUCUCACAAGGGUUUUUAAAAGCUAGAGAAUUGGCUAGAAAGAUGACAACUAUGUAUCGUUUGGCUAAAGAACAAUUAUCACAACAAUACCAUUAUGAUUUUGGUUUAAGAGCAUUACGAUCUGUUCUAUUGAUGGCUGGUUCAAUUAAACGAGCUAAUCCAAACUUGAAAGAAGAUCAUCUUUUGAUGCGUGCAUUAUAUGACUCUAAUAUACCAAAAUUAAUUAAAGAUGAUACACCAUUGUUUAUGGGACUUGUACAAGAUUUAUUCCCUGGUAUGGAAUUCGAAGCUGCUACUGUACCAUUAGAAUUGAUUAAUGCUUGUACAAAAGUUUUAGAAUUACAUCGUUACACUGUAGUUGAUGGACAGAUCAAUAAGAUAUUUCAGCUAAAGGAUACCUUAAAUGUUAGGCAUUCUGUAAUGGUUGUCGGUCCAACAUGCAGUGGAAAAACAGUAAUUAUAACAGUUUUUGGGAAAGCUUUAAAGCUACUUGGAAUCAAUACAAAAAUGUGUACUAUUAAUCCUAAAGAUCGUACUGUCAAUGAUUUAUACGGCGUACUUGAGCCAACUACACGAGAAUGGAUGGACGGUCUAUUAUCCUAUUUAUUUCGUUUAAUGAAUCAAGUAGGAAGUGAUGUAAAUGAACGUCGUAUGCUUAUCUUAGACGGUGAUGUUGAUACACAAUGGAUUGAGAAUAUGAAUUCUGUUAUGGAUGAUAAUAAAUUGUUAACAUUAAUCAAUGGUGAACGUAUUCGAUUACAACCUAACUGUUCAUUAUUAUUUGAAGUGAAAGAUUUACAGUAUGCAUCUCCAGCAACUGUAUCACGUUGUGGUAUAGUUUAUGUGGAUCCAAAUAAUUUAGGAUAUAAAUGUUAUUGGGAAAGUUGGUUGUUAGGUGUACCGUGUGAAAUGAAAGAAAAAUUGCAUGGAUUAUUUAUGAAAUACGUUCCCACAUUAAUUGAUUUUAUAUUUGAUGGGAUUAUACCAUCUUCACUUACUCGACAGUUAGGAUCUAAUCAAAUAUUUACCGAUGGUAUUGGCGGUGAUGAACAGAAUCGUGGAGAAAACAAAAAUGAUGAAACUAAAAAUAAUUUUUCAUUGAAAUCAAAGCAGAAACUUGUUUUACCAUUGGUCAAAAUGAAUUUAAUCAUACAAUUAUGUACAAUCCUACGGAGUCAAUUAAAUGUUGGUUGUAUUCCCGGAACAAAAGUAGAUAUUAUAGAGAGAGAGAAUACUCGAACUUCAUUAACUUUAGCUAAAAUUAAACUGGAUACAAGUGGAGGAGCUGAUAAUAACGAACCGCCUGCAUCACAAAUCUUAACGUCACCAGGAACAUUGUCUGAAAAACAAAGUGUAACUUCAUCAGAUGGCAUGAGACUUUGCAAUCAUGAAGUAUUGGAGUGUGUAUUUCUUCAUGCCUUGGGUUGGGUAUUUACUAAUGUUGUAGAACAGUCAUAUCAAAAGGCUGUAGAUACAUUUAUUAAAACAUUAGCCACUUUACCGACAGUUGAUGAAGGACCUAGAAAUAGCUCUUUACCAAUUGGUACAAUACCAAUACAUUAUCCAAUGUUGACCGAUUAUAUAUUUGAUACGAACACGUUUGUGUGGAAACCUUGGGCUCAUCUCGUACCAGAAUAUGUACACAAUGCACGUGUUCGAUUUGCUCAGAUUCUUGUGCCAACUGUAGAAACUGUUAAACUUAAUUGGAUUUUAAUGGAACAUUUAAAACUUAAUCAUCCAUUACUUGUAAUUGGUGAAAUAGGCUCUUGUAAAACGGCUACUAUUGAAACAGCACUUAAUUCACUUAAUCGUGAUAAAUAUAGUCAAUUAAUAGUGAAUUUUUCAUCUCAUACUACUGGAUAUGAUGUAAUGCGUAUAAUCAGUUGUAAUGUAGAAAAGCGUACAAAAGGAGUGUACGGUGCAAUUCCAGGAAAGAAAUUAAUUGUAUUUAUUGAUGAUAUGAACAUGCCACAAGAAGAUGUAUAUGGUACUCAACAACCAAUUGCACUACUACGAAUGAUAAUUGGUAGGCAUGGAAUGUAUCAAAUAGGAAAUGAUUUAUCAUGGAGACAAUUAAAGGAUAUAACAUAUGUAACAGCUAUCGGUCGACCAGGUGGUGGAAGACAGAAGACUGAUCCACGUUUUAUAUCUUUAUUUACAGUAUAUAAUGCAGUAUCACCAUCAUCAUCUAGUUUAUUCAGUAUAUUUAACAAUGUACUAAAUGGUCAUUUAUCGAAUGGAUUUUCCAAAGAAAUUGUAAAUUACUCUGAAGUAUUUACUCAUAUGAGUUUAAAAAUUUAUCAAUCUAUGAAGGAUGAACUAUUGCCAACACCUCUUCGAUUUCAUUAUACUUUUAAUGUGCGUGAAUUAUCACGCCUAUUACAAGGAUUGUUACAAGUUUCACCUGAACGCUUUAAAGGACCGAAAACGUUUCUUCGAUUGUGGAGGCAUGAAUGCUUACGAGUAUUUCGAGACAGAAUGAUUGAUGAAAAUGAUUGUGAUGCAGUCAAUAUGAUCAUACUGAGUCAGAUGGAAGAACAUUUUCCUGACUAUGUGGAUUAUGCUAUAAAAGAUCCAAUACUAUUUGGUGAUUACUGGGCAGCAGGAAACUACGAAGUGUGCAAAGGUGUUGUUGAAGAGUUGCUUCAUGAUUAUCGGCAAUCAGAAGGUAAUCUUAGCAUUAUACUGUUCAAUGAUGCGUUGGAACACUUAAGUGCAUUACUUCGUAUAUUACGCUUAGAUGGUGGACACGCUUUGCUAGUUGGCAUAUCAGGAUCAGGAAAAAAGUGUCUAGCUAAAUUAGCUGCAUUUAUCGCAAAAAUUAAGCUAUAUGAAAUCACUUUAAGACGUGGUUAUCAUGAAGGUGAAUUUCGUGAGGAUUUGAAAAAACUGUAUACAAUGAUGUCGACUAAUAAAGAUAAUUACAUGUUUCUAGUCUCUGAAGAACAUAUUUAUGAUGAAGUAUUUUUAGAAUUAAUUAAUACUAUGCUAACCACUGGAUUCAUUAGUGCAUUAUUCUCUGAUGAGGAAAAGGAUGCUAUUCAACAAACAAUUUGGGUUGAAACAGAAACUAAAAUUCGAUUAGAUGGUUUAGCAUCUGGUAUAAAUACAAAUGUAACUAAAGAAAUCAUUUGGAGAUAUUUUCGUUCAGAUUGUGCUUCUCGUCUACAUAUUGUUUUAUGUAUGAAUCCAAUUGGAGAUACAUUAAGAAAACGAUGUCAAAAUUUCCCUGGAUUGAUAAACUAUACAACAAUUGACUGGUAUUUUCCAUGGCCAAAACAAGCAUUUUAUGCUAUAGCUUGUGCAUUAAUUGAUCCAAAAUGUCCAUUAGUUCCUUCCAUCUAUCGAGAAGCUGUCAUUACAAAUGUGGUCAAAGUUCACAUAUCUGUACAACAGGCAUCACUGGAAUAUCAACGUCAAUUAAAACGUUUAAAUUAUGCAACAACUACAAAUUACAUUUUGUUUAUUAAUGGAUUCUUAAAAUUGUUAGAUAUGAAAAUACAAGAGAAUAUUACUCAACAGAAAAGAUUACAAAUUAGUUUAGAUAAAUUACACGAAACUGGUAUACAAAUUGAACAGUUGAAUGCUAACCUUGGAGUACAAAAGGUUGUAUUGGAAGAGAAAACUAUCUCAUGUAAAGCACUGUUGGUUGAGAUUAGUGAAUCGACUAUAGCUGCUACAGAGAAAAAGAAACAAGCUGAAGAUAAAUCCAUAAAAUUGGCUGAACAGGCACAAGUUAUUAAUUCUGAAAAGGCUGAAGCUGAAGCAGCGUUAGCUGAAGCCCUACCAGGUGUUGAAGCAGCUCAUGCUGCUUUAGAUGAAUUGGAGAAAAAUGAUGUCACUGAAAUUCGGGCUUUUACAACACCACCAAAACCUGUACAGUUUGUCGGUGAAGCACUUUGUCAUAUUCUACAGUCUGGAGAAAUUAGUUGGAAAGCUGCUAGAGGGUUAAUGGCUGAUGCAAAUUUCAUUAAUACCUUACAACAAAUGGAUAUUGAACAGAUACCAGUUAAAAAUAUCAUUGCUAUAAAAGACUUAAUUGUUAAGCGAAAUUCACUUAUGAAGACGUCAAGUCAGCUAGUAAAGCUGGUGGUGGAUUUUAUAAGUUUAUCUUAG